GGGACCAGGGCCUCAACUGAGAAUGGACGAAGAGUGAGAGGAUGGCUCUGGGCCUAAGACCAGGUGGGGUGGUGGGAAGAGGAAGGAGUCUCCAGGCCUGGGGCAACAGCCCAGGUAGGCAGGCAGGCAGCUUUGCCCCCGACACAGGAGAUGUAUCCAUCCAUCACUGCUCUCUCCCUGGGGCCUUUAAUUACAGGAGAACAGAAGGAUUGAGAGCAGCUGCCCGGACAGGGUGUAGAGACCUGAGGCUCUGAGCCAGAGGUGGAGGCAGCUGGGAGAGGCUGGGUCCAAAGCCCCUCCCUUCUUCCUUUCCUUCCCCAGCCUCAGGUGGGAGGAACACGGGAAGUGGCAGCACUGGACCAUGAACUACGUGGGCCAGCUGGCGGAGACGGUGUAUGUGACAGUGAAGGAACUGUACAAGGGCCUGAACCCCGCCACACUAUCGGGUGGCAUUGAUGUGCUAGUAGUGAAACAACCAGACGGCUCCUUCCUCUGCUCCCCUUUCCAUGUUCGUUUUGGCAAGCUGGGUGUCCUGCGAUCCCGUGAGAAGGUGGUUGACAUUGAAAUUAAUGGGGAACCAGUGGACCUGCAAAUGAAAUUGGGAGACAAUGGAGAAGCCUUCUUUGUUCAGCAGCUAGAGACUAGUGAGGAGGAGGUCCCCAGCAGCCUGUGUACCUCACCUAUCCCUCCGGAGAACUCGGAUGAAAUCCUGAAUGACCCUCUGCUAGAUCUCAUUGAGGAUGUCCACAAAAAGACCUCCUCAGAGACAGCCACCCCCCUGGAGAAGAGGAGGCACCGCCGAAAGAAGGUCAAGAAGAAGAACAAGACAGUAACAGCAACACCACCAAAUUCCAGUUCUGAGGAGCUGGAAGGAAUACAGGAUGAAAUACUCUUAGAAAUGAAACAGGCCACAGAAUCUUCCUCAACCUUUAUCAGAACUGAUGGUAAUGGCUCUGCACAUCACAAAGAUUCAUAUCUCUAUUUAGAUGUGGACUACCCAGAGAGGAACAGCUUUCUGGGCAGUACGUCCUCAGAAUAUCUAAUGUGCUUCAAGAGUGACUCUGAGCUGGAGAUAAGAUCCUCGGACCAGAACUCCACAAGGACUGCAUCCCACAUGCAAUGGCCCUGGGGGAAGCUUCCUCAGGUGAUGAAAGGCGAGCACAUAAAACUGCUGAGGGCAUCGCACAGUAACAUAUCCACCAAGCCUCUUCUUUGGAAAGAACCAAUAUUCCAGAAGGCUAGCAUUCACACAUUGGCAGAGUCUCAGACUGCCCUCCAGGAUGCUGAGGGCAGAGCUUCAGAGGCAACAAAGUUCUACCUUACAGCAAGAGAACUCACAGCAGCCCAGGAGUCCGUUGCACAGGAUGAUGAAGAAAGUAUGGCUGAGAACACUCGGAGGAGGCGCUCCUCAUCUGGCUCUGUGUUGGCCGAGGAGCCCACGGUUCAGGAGGGCUCUGAUCCCUCCGGACAGAGACAAGAGAACAAAGAACCACGGAGGACAAGUCAGCACCUGGGACCCAGCAAUAUCUACCUGGAAGACUUGCCUUCCCUGAGUUCAGCUAAUGCUACCCUUUACUUCCCCAAAAGGGAAACCAGGCUUGAAGCCAGACGAUGGAGUGAGCCCUGCUGCUCAGAGACAAACCUCUUGCAAGCCACGGUUGUGGAAGAUAAUAACACAGAUCAGUUGUCUGAUACUGCCCUGGAGCAGGGGAAUGACAUUGAGCUUUCUCUCUGUGGUGGGCUGGCUGAUAACCGGGACAUCUCAACAGAGAAGUUUACCAAAUACGCCAUCUGCUACCAGGAUCUCGCUGACAACCCAGGAAUCUUGGAUGACCCCAACCUUGUGGUGAAAAUUGGAAUGAAGCACUACAAUUGGGCUGUAGCUGCACCGAUGAUCCUGUCCCUGCAGGCCUUUCAGAAGAGUUUGCCCACGAGCACUAUUGACAAGCUGGUGAAGGAGAAAAUGCCCAAGAAGACUGGCCACUGGUGGUUCUCCUGGGGGCUAAAGGACGCGACUACCAAGGAGUGUGAAGUCCAGGAGGUGGCAUCUACUUCAAAGAAGAAUUCCCCCCAGCAGGAGCAGAAGAUGGAUAUUUCAUCUGUUGAAGAUGACUCCCUGGUGAUCUUGGGUGCCCCUUCUCCCCCACCUCAAAGUCAUAUCCAUACCUUCAAGAAGUCCCUUCGUCUCUCCUCUGAUCAGAUUCGAGACUUAAACCUGAGGGAGGGAGCCAAUGAUGUGAUGUUUAGUGUGACCACUCAGUACCAGGGCACCUGCCGUUGCCAUGCCAACAUCUACCUGUGGAACUGGUACGACAAGGUGGUGAUCUCAGACAUCGAUGGGACCAUCACCAAGUCCGAUGCUUUGGGUCACAUUUUGCCCCGACUGGGGAAAGACUGGACUCACCAGGGCAUCAUCAAACUUUACCACAAAAUUCACCUGUUUUCUUUAAAACCCAGAGCAAAUUCUUGGGAAAUGCAUGUUUCUAUUAUCUAUGUGGGUUUCUAUUAUCCAAACGGGUACAAAUUCCUUUAUUGCUCAGCCCGAUCCAUUGGCAUGGCGGACCUCACUAAGCGCUACCUGCGGUGGGUGAAUGAGAAGGGCUGUGUUCUCCCCAAAGGCCCCCUCCUCUUGACCCCCAGCAGCCUCUUCUCUGCCCUUCACAGGGAGGUGAUUGAAAAGAAGCCCGAGGUGUUCAAGAUGGCAUGCCUGACUGACAUCCAUCACCUAUUCCUGCCCCAUGGAGAUCCCUUCUUUGCUGGCUUUGGGAACCGUGCCUCUGAUGUCUAUGCUUAUCUUCAUGUAGGGAUACCCAAAUCCCGAAUCUUCACUGUCAACCCCCGAGGAGAGCUCACUCAGGAACUUAUCAAGAACCGCAAGACCACGUAUGACCGGCUCCAGGAGAACGUGGAGCUCAUCUUUCCACCUGUAAAAGUGGGGCCCAGCGUGGAGCUGGUCAAUCCAGAGUAUAGCCAGUUCUGCUACUGGAGGAAUCCCUUGCUUACACUUCACCAGAAAGACCUCACAAACCUGGAUUAGAACCUCUCCCCACACAUUCUACCCCUACACACACACACACACACACACACACACACACACACACACACACACACACACACACGCACACAUGCGUGUGCAUGCACACACACGUACGCACAUGCACACAUUUCCCUGGCUUUGGGAGGGCAAGAGUCAGCCCAUCUUGUCUUCUCCUUUCCAGGGUUGUUAAGAACUGGAAGUCCCAAAGUGGUCUAUCUGCCCUUGUCCCAGCAUGAGCUGUGAUGGAUUGGAAUCUGUGACACUGAACAGAGUAGCAUGGUGGAGGGACAGCCUAGGCCCAGGGGUUCCUCCUGGGGCAGGCCCAAGGGAGCCCCUUGCUGCCUGGCCCCCUGGACUAGCCGUUCCUCUUGCCCUAGUUCAUAGGAUGUGGGAAUACAGCAUUAGAGCUGAAGGAGGGAAGGGGACUCAGUGUGGAAAGAGAUCUGUCUUGUUUGCCCUGGAGAGAUUAAACCAAGAAGUGUGUACUACC